AUGCAUGCCAAAAGGGUUUCUGCAAACUCAAGCUUGAUGAAGCACCGACACCACGAACAGCAUCAUCCUCCGUCGAAGAAUCAGGGCCAUGAGGUGUUCUGGCCGAGAAUCGUUAUCCGGAAGUGGCUCAACCGUUCUGGUAAAGAUUCGGAUUACAGCGCUGAUCCGGAGGAUGAAGAUAGCAACUAUGAUUCCGAGGGCGAAGAAGACUCCUAUGAAUCGCCAAAAGAAACACGAGUCAAGGAUAAACAAGCGGAUGAUUUCCAGAGUGAUAAUGGAGCUUUUCCAAGGUCAAGACGACGAAAGUCAGAGACAUGUCGUGCACAGUAUAUAGAAGCAAAGGAACUAAAAGUAUCUGUCAGCACUUGGAAUGUUGGAGGGAAACUUCCAUCUGAAGAUUUAAAUAUUAAUGACAUGCUCGAUGUAGACAAUCCUGCUGACAUAUACGUGAUUGGUUUUCAGGAGAUAAUUCCUUUAAAUGCUGGAAACAUUUUUGGAGCUGAAGAUAAUCGACCAGUCCCAAUAUGGGAAAAUGUGAUUCGUGGGACCCUUAACAAAAUUCAACCUGAAAAGACCAAAUUCAAAUGCUACAGUAACCCUUCAUCUCCAUCAAGAUUUAAACCUUCUGAAGAUGCUCCAGAUAUAGAAGAUGAAGUAAUUUUAGAAAGUGAUAGUGAAGGAGAAGAAGAAGUCCACCCUUUUAAUGAGGAAUCUUGCUUUGAUGAUACACUUUCAACUAUUCAAGAAAAGAAACUCGUUUGCUUUCCAUCUGAAGAAAAUGUUAAGGAAUUGGUUGUUUCUAAUAAUAGAAAGUUGACAAGAAUACUUAGUGGGACAGAAAGGAUAGGGCUGAGCUGGCCGGAGCCACCGUUGGAUCUUUUGGCACAGUGUGCAACAACAGAGAGACCAAAUUCAUUGAAAACUGUUAAAUCUUUUACGACUUCUAAAUCUUUUAGAUCUUACGCUUCUUUUAAGUCGUAUAUAAAUGUUGACAUUAAUAAUAAUCAAGUCAUACCAGAGGAAGCUCUUGUUGCUGACCUGGAUCUCGACUCCACACUGUAUAGAAAAAGAAGACCCCCAUAUGUAAAAAUUGUAAGCAAACAAAUGGUGGGAGUAUUUAUUACAAUAUGGGUGCGUAGAAGAUUAAGAAAGCAUAUACAAAAUGUACACGUGUCGGCUGUUGGUGUUGGUGUCAUGGGGUACAUAGGCAACAAGGGGUCGAUAUCAGUGAGCAUGUCGAUAUAUCAGACACUUUUCUGUUUCAUUUGCACUCAUUUAACAUCAGGUGAAAGAGAAGCUGAUGCUGCUAAAAGAAAUGCUGAUGUUCAUGAAAUUCAUAAAAGAACUCGUUUUAGCUCAUUUUCAAAAAAUACUCUUCCCAAGAAGAUAGACAACCAUGAUCGAAUUAUCUGGUUGGGUGAUUUAAAUUAUCGGCUGAAUUUGUCAUACGAUAAAACACGUGACUUAAUUUCCAAAAACCGCUGGUCAAAGUUGUCAGAGUAUGAUCAACUAAUUAAGGAGCUAAGAAAAGGUCGUGCAUUUGAUGGGUGGUCGGAGGGUAUUUUGGACUUUGCACCAACUUACAAAUACGAGCAAAAUUCAGAGAGAUAUUAUGGGGAGGAUCCGAAAGUUGGGAGGAGAACUCCGGCAUGGUGUGAUAGAAUCCUUUCAUAUGGGAAAGGAAUCAGGCAGAUGAGUUACAGAAGAACUGAAUUUAUGCUCUCUGAUCAUAGGCCUGUGUCUGCAUGUUAUAUGAUUGAGGUUGAAGUUUUCUCUCCGAGAAAAUUACAGAAAGCGCUUACUUUCACUGAUGCCGAGAUUGAGAAUGAUGGAAUUGUGGCCGGAAUGGGAAUUGAUCAUGGAAUCAACCACUUAAGAUUAAAAGAGGAUACAUAUUGGUAGUCAGCAUAUGCACAAGGUCAAAUGUGCUACUGAGUUGAGUUGAGUUGAGAUGACUCGGGCUAUUGGGACUCGGAUGAUUCUUUUAUCAUUUAUGGUAACAGUUGAGUUUCAUUGAUUGUGAUCAAAGUAUGUGUAAAUUAUAUGUGGUGGGGGUAUAGUUUUAUUCAAAGUUAGGUUAGCAAAGAAAAGUUCCCUUCAAUAAUUUUAGGAGAAGUGUUUACUUAUAUGCACUUAUGGGCCAUAUACAUGAAAGAAAUGUCGUUUUUUUCUUUUAAAUUUUUUGAAGUGCAAAUAUAUUUUUCCUUGUAGUUUCUGUUCUCAGGGCUUUGUUGUUAUUGUUGUUGGAUUGGGUGAGUUUGGUCGCUGUACAUGUAACGUGGUUUGGGAAG